CGAGAGAUACACUAACCACCUUACGUAGCCAUAUUAAUAUUGUGAAGCUUUCAUAUGCGUAUACAGCUUUAUAUAUACUACGUAUAAACAAAUUGAUGGGUUGCGAACGAUACAAAAACUAUUUCCUUGUAGAUUCUGUGUUCGGCAAAAUCAUAGAAGGGCUUGUUAUAUCUUGGGGGGAGAUUUAUGGUCAUAGGAAACACUUUCUUUAGAACAAUGUCUAACGUGUCUCGAGCCAUUUUAUUUUUCUAACGUUAUUUUGCAGGUUCUGAUGAUGAAUAUAUCAUUAUGGUGCGAACACACCUGCUCAAGUCAUCCCGAUUGCGGAAUCCUAAUUGAGAAGUUGCCGGAGUCCUGGAGGGAUUAUAGACGGGACCUCAAACAUGACUUAGGGCUUAUGUCAUUCAAUGAUGUGAUUACCCACAUCAUCAUUGAAGACACAAACAAGAAAGAAAAUGCCAAGUGUCAAGCAAAGGAAUAUACUUCAAAUGCAAACUUGGUGGAGACGAAAAACAAAAGGAGGUAUGGAAAUAAUCACUUUAAUAAUAAGCCCAGUUACAAUAAAUAUAGAACAACCACACAUUUUAAAAGAAAGCCUGAUUGUUAUGUUUGUGGGAAACUGGGACAACGUGCUAGUGAGUGUAGGAAACGGGCAUCUGUGAAAAACUAAAAUCAACCCAAACCAAGUGCAAACUUAGUUGAAGGUGAUGAUAUUAUAAAUGUGGUUGUUUCAUAAACCUGCCUAGUUGCGGAUGUGAACGAGUGAGUGGAAGACUCGGGAGCUACUAGGCAUAUUUGGCAAGACAAAAUUGUGUUUUCCUCCUAUACACCAAUAGGGGAUGAAGAGGAGUACAUACACCUUGGUGAUUCUAGAACAACCAAGGUGCACGGGAAUGUCAAAGUUAAUAUCAAACUCACAUCCGGCAAGACAUUAUCACUCACCGACGUACUUAGUGUGCUCGAGAUACGGACCAAUUUAAUCUCCGUCUCACUUUUGGGAAGAGCUGGUGUCAAGGCAUCUUUUGAAUCCGACAAGGUGGUUCUCACUAAAAACAAUAUAUUUAUUGGAAGAGGUUAUUGUAAUCAAGGGCUUUUCAUGUUGAAUGUGUUAGAGGUGUUGAAGUGAUUUGCUUUCUAAUUAUUUUUUAAUAAGUAGGACCUAGAUUCUGUUUUUCUAUUUUAUUUGGUAAGUGUUGUACGC